GCGUGAUGCAUUUUGCAGCUCAAACUAAGUAGUAACAGCCUCCCCUAGACAAUAGAUUUUGAUUUAACUAAUCCUUCCCUGAAACGCCAAUUAAAAAAAGCAUCAAAAGUGCCGCUUGAGUUUUUUGUCUCGUUCGUCUGUGACUUUUCUACUAUAUGCCAACGGUACAACGCUUGGUGUAAACAUUUGGGACAGAAGAGAAGAGGGGCUCUGUAACCUCAUGGAAAUUUUCUGCCAAAGGAGCGCCUCUUUAUCACCGUGGCCGCGCGUCUCAUUCGAGCUCCGAGCAUUAGAUGCCACAGUGACUUAUUCUUUCGGAUAGCUAGCACUAUAAUAUUCUGGAACAUACUUAGCAACAGGCACUUGGCACCACCUUGAAUGAUCCAAAGCCUGAUAUAUAGGGCACGCACUCCUCCCUUGGAAUUUCAUGGUGAAAUAGAAAAACUUCUGGAGGUGAUUAAGCAAUGGCUAGGGGAACAGGCAACGGCGGGCUUUCAAGCGAGAGAACACCGCUUCUAACUUCUAAUGGCACAGAUGACAAACGAGUUACUUUUCAGCAUGAUGAUGCAUCUGUAUCGGAUCUUGAACAUGGUGAUGCUGUACAGGCUGCGAAUGUGGGAUUCUGCCGCAUAUUGCGACUGGCACGGCCGGAGGCAGGGAAAUUGGCUAUAGCAACUGUGGCGCUUCUAGUUGCAUCAACAACAAACAUUUUAGUUCCAAAAUAUGGUGGCAAGAUUAUUGAUAUUGUUAGUGGAGAUGUCGAAACACAAGAAGAGAAGGCAGAAGCUUUUAAUGCCAUCAAAAACACUAUUGUGGAAAUACUUCUCAUAGUCGUUGUUGGUUCUUUUGCUACUUCAUUACGUGCAUGGUGGUUUUCAUCAACUAGUGAGCGUGUUGUUGCUCGCUUAAGAAAGACUUUGUUUCAGCAUCUUAUUGAACAAGAGAUAGCAUUCUUUGAUGUUACUCGAACAGGAGAACUUCUUAGCCGUCUUUCAGAAGAUACUCAAAUUAUAAAAAAUGCAGCAACAACAAAUCUUUCAGAAGCCCUGCGCAAUCUCACAACUGCACUAAUUGGCCUUGGCUUUAUGUUCCAAACAUCUUGGAAGUUAACGUUAUUGGCGUUGGCUGUAGUACCUGUAAUAUCAGUUGCUGUACGUAAAUUUGGGCGAUAUGUUCGUGAGCUGUCUCACAAGACUCAGGCUGCAGCUGCAGUGGCUGCAUCAAUUGCAGAGGAAUCAUUUGGUGCAGUACGUACAGUAAGAUCAUUUGCACAGGAAGGAUAUGAAAGCUCACGGUAUGGAGAAAAAGUAGAUGAGACUUUGAAGCUUGGCCUUAAGCAAGCUAUGGUGAUUGGGCUAUUUGCCGGAGGAAUGAAUGCAGCAUCAACUCUGUCAGUUGUUACUGUUGUUAUCUAUGGUGCUUACUUGACCAUAUAUGGGUCCAUGACAACUGGAGAUCUAACCUCUUUCAUACUUUACAGCCUCACAGUGGGUUCGUCUGUGUCUUCUUUAUCAGGACUAUAUACAACAGCUAUGAAGGCUGCAGGAGCAAGUCGGCGAGUCUUUCAGCUAUUAGAUCGCAUUUCAAGCAUGCCAAAAUCAGGAAACAAAUGUCCUUUACAGGACCAUGAUGAGGGAGAGGUUGAACUCAAGGAUGUUUGGUUUGCCUAUCCUUCACGUCCCAACAAUAUGGUUCUCCAGGGAGUGCACCUGAGGCUGAAACCUGGGGCUAAAGUUGCUCUUGUAGGACCUAGUGGGGGUGGUAAGACAACAAUUGCAAACUUAAUAGAAAGAUUCUAUGAUCCUAUUAAGGGAAAGAUCCUUCUUAAUGGAGUGCCUUUGGCGGAUAUCUCACAUCAACAUUUGCAUGAAAAGGUGAGCAUUGUGAGCCAGGAACCAGUUCUUUUCAACUGCUCAAUAGCAGAAAACAUUGCAUAUGGAGUGAAGGGCAGGGCCCCUACUGUCGAUGUUGAAAAUGCAGCUAAAAUGGCCAAUGCUCAUGACUUUAUAUCAAGGUUUCCAGAAGGCUACAAUACACAUGUUGGAGAGCGUGGUGUGAGGCUUUCAGGAGGCCAGAAGCAACGGAUAGCUAUAGCAAGGGCAUUACUGAUGGAUCCUCGUGUGCUCCUUCUGGAUGAGGCUACAAGUGCGUUGGAUGCAGAGAGCGAGUACUUGGUUCAAGAUGCCAUGGACCACUUGAUGAAAGGGCGCACUGUUCUAGUUAUAGCACAUCGGCUUUCAACUGUUCAAAGUGCAAAUACUGUUGCAGUUGUGUCGGGUGGUGAAAUAGUUGAAAGUGGCAGUCAUGAAGAAUUGCUUGAAAAGAAUGGUAUCUAUACGUCCCUAGUUCGAAGGCAAUUGCAAGGAACUAAAAAUGAGGUUUAAAUUUUGUCAGCCAGAACAAAAUUUGGAAUCACACUGCUGAAGCAGUGGCUUGAUGCCAGAUUGAUAGCCAACAAGUAUAGCUAGUAAAAGAAAUGGAAUAAGAUCUGGUACUCAACAUAUACCAAAUAUUAUGUAAAUCUAAAUUUAUGAAAGCAAAUCCUUCCGGUAAUGUCUUAAACUCAAUGUAAAACUUCCUUAUUGUUUUAUGUGCAAAGAUCAAAAGAAUCGUUGAACUCUUUUAGCAGUUAAAGGAAGUCUCCAUCCAUCUGUUGACUAUUAAAAUUGUCUAAAAACAAUAGCUAGAAGCUCCUCCUUUCAAUAUAUUCUUAUGCAUUCACAUUA